UGAUCCCAUAUUUGUCGCUUGGUGACAGCGUGUGGUGCAACUGUGGUCUGAUUGCAGUUCGCUGCACUGGCCGGCAGGGGGCAGAGUUACCGGGUAUCACACAGCACCUGCAGCAUCCCUGAUCAGAGAGAGAGAGAGAGGUGAGCACAAGAGAGAUGCUUCACUCAAAGCAUCGCGCCGAAGCGAGAUCGUUCAGUCAGCGGGUCUGCUGUGGGAGAGAGAGGGCGGUGAGCGGGCUGAAUGAGGGCGGACUGAACCUGAGGCUCUCUAAGGUUUGGCACCAGAUGAAUGAACAAGGCAUUUCAAGGUGCUCAAAGCUGAUGUGAUGUCAUCAAGUGCAUUGUCCUGUUAAGAUCAAACAAAUACAGCUCAGUCCUUUGGCGGCAUCUUGGAGUAGAAAUGUAAAGAAUGUGUGAUUAGGUUGUGAUUCUGCACUCCAUCCAUACGGUAAACUUUGAAAGUCUCGGUAAAGGCCAGUGAGAGAACAAGACCUUUGAUGGAUCCAGGAUUAUCAUUGAGCUUUUGAGAGAGAAGCUCAGACUUAUACAACAUGAAUGUGCAAGGCAAUUUUCAAGCCAGUGAAGUCAACCAACAAGAAGGAAUACAAAACGACGACAAGCAGCCUUUGCCAGAAACAGUGGAAGACGCCAAUGCCAAUCAAAUCACCAAAGAGAAAAUUUAUUCAGAUGACAGAGAGCAUAGCAGCCAACUACCCCCUCUGGUGUCGCAUUCCGAAGCCCAGGAGAGGAACAUUAUCUGGGGAACACAUGCUCGGAGUGAAGACCCUGUGCUUGAAGAGUUUAGUCAAGAGCUAGAAACAUUUGUUGUAGAAGAAGAACAGUUAGACAUGCAGAGUGAAAGAAGCAGGAAGGGAGCAAAGAAAUUCAGUGACAAAGAGUUUUCUUCUAAAGCCAUCAGCACCACUGUUGGCUCACGUUGGAAAGACCACAAUGAGAACCAUAGUGUGGAUGGGGAUGCAAAUGAGAACUCUCAGCCCCUUGACCUCAGGACCUCCAGCUCUCGCUCUGGUGCAAACCGGAACCUGAGAGAUGCACGCAGUGGCUCUGAGAGCAAUGUCUUUUCAUCUUCUUUAUCUGCAGUGACCAGCCUCAGUGGAAGUUUAGCCAGUGCCCUGGACAGUGCAGGCCGCACACAGCCUCUCUCUUCCCAGUCCACCAAGUCUACCUCAGGCAAAGGCAGGAACCAGCAUCAAGCUACUACCGAGUCCUUCAUCCACUCAGAGAGAAACAGGGAGCUUGCCAGGGAGUUGGACCAAAACCAUAACUCUACCAAACUGCCUCAGGAACCACAAUAUGACAGAAGUAAGCUAGUAUAUCCUUCAAAUGGAGCAGUAAAACUGCAAAAAUUCCAAAUGGAAGCAGAGCAGAAUGCUGGGAAAAGGAUGUCAACCGAGGUGCCAAAAGGUAUAGUGAGGGUGCUACCUUCUUGUAGGCAGCUAGUCCGCCCUCUUUCUACUGAAAAACAACUAACCUCAGGAUACCCUAGCAUAGACACUCAUGCAGACCAGCACCAAUCCCACUUCUCAAAGACAGGUCAGAGCCAUUCACAAGUGCUGCCAACUACAGAAGUCAAAAGCAAUCCCAACACAGUCUCACAGACACCUCCCAAGCAGACCUUUAACCGAGAAGCCCAACACUUGAAGAGGCAAAGCUCAGCAGAUCGUGCUGAAAGUCCCACCAGCCUAGAAAGGAAGACUCACUUCGGCCGGCGGGCCUACAGCAGUCCGACUAGACCUUCGACACCUCCAUCCCCAAAGACAACAAGGUCCCCUCAAAGACAGCCUUCUUCAUCACCCAUCAAGACUUUACCUUCUCGAGUUCCUCAGCUGGGUUAUGCUGGGUACAGCUCAGCCUUAAGAGCCCCAGUUAAAACCACUGUCAACACAAGCAUCCAUAAAACUCCACCACAGCAGGCUUCAAUGGAGACCUCCCCUCCAAGCAAGUGCCUGCCAAAACCGAAAAGUGUCCGGCCCAAAAUCAUUACAUACAUUCGGAAGACCCCGCAGGUCAAACCCCAGUCUCUUGAGGGAACUUACGAGGUGUCGUCCUCACCUACAAGACUGUCAACAAAUAGCACCACACAGGCCAAACCAGAGGUCAGAGAUCAAGGAGAAGCCACUGUGCUGAGUGCCUCAAAUUUACUCUAUGAUAAGUAUCGACAAGAGAUGCAGAAGUUCCGGUUCUUCUCGCCUGGACUCAUGGUGUCUGGUAUUAAGCCAUCCAGCAACACCAUGCCCCAUAAAAUGUCAGGCAGAGCGGACAGCUUCUAUGGGUCUCUCAGCAAGCCUCUGUCUGCCGCGGCAGGCAGAUCUCCAUUAGCCCUUGGGUCUCCAGUUUCUGGAGCCGAGGACCCUUCUGGACCCCUUAUUGGAGCACAGGAUAUGGGGAGUCUUUUUCAUUUACCACGGGGCCUAAGACCCCAACUUGGCGUUGGUGCUGUAAACAGGUAUCCCUCUCCAUCUGCCAAGAACAGGAUGGUCCCAACAGGCCAGCCGAAAUCACCAUUGACCCUCAGUCAGCCAAUGCAGACAGUAAAUCCAACCACUCAAACACCUCAGGAACCUCAAGAUCAAACAAAGCCAGUGGCGACUGGGUUAGCUGCUAAAUCCCUCCUGCCGAAGCCAGCUCAGUCUGGCCUGCGUCCUCCCGGUUACUCGCGCCUCCCGCCGGCUCGUCUGGCCACCUUUGGGUUUGUUCGAAGCUCUAGCGUCUCCUCUGUGUCCAGUAACCACUCGACCGACAGCACACGGAGUGACCCCUGCCGCCCCACCUACCGUCCCAACAGUGUAAAUGAUGAGCAACCACUUCACCAUGUCACCACGUCGCCUCCUGAAGAUGGAUCCAGAGCACUGUGUCACAGCACCCCUCAACCCCCCAGCACUCCUGCACCCAAACGCCGCUCCCUGCUGCCCCCUCCUCAAAGCUCUCCUGUGGCAUCCCGUAAGGAAUUCCAGAAGAGUUCUGACAGCACCCGUUCAUCUCUGUCCUCCCCUAAGAGACUCGCUGUAGUGUCUCCUAAACCACAGUCUCCAGUCCUACAGAGGCAACAGAGGGCAACAGGGGCAGUCCAAGGCUCAAGCAUGCAAAUUUUGCCUCGUACUGGCUCUCUGGACCCAGAGAAGAAAAAAGAUGAAGAGCAGAAAAAAGAAAAAGAGCUAGAGAAAGUAGAGAGGCCUGAAGAGUUGCAGCGCUUGCAGGGUCGGUGUGAAGAACAGGCCAGGCAACUACAGGCUCUUCAGACAGAACUAAAGAAAACCAGCAUGAGACUGGAGGUCUUUGUGAUCUGCACUCAGCACUUCUCCCUCAAGAAUGAAAGUGCUGAGGAGAAGGAGAAAGAGUUGACUCAAGAACUCAGUCGAAUUCAGCAUGAAGUGGCCUUUAAUGCAGCUCGCUGGGAGGGUCUUCAGAAGGAGAAGAGAGAGCUGGAUGAGUGUUUUGAGAGGGAGCUGAGAGAGUUACAGGUGCAGCAGGAGUCAGAACUCGUGACCUUAGAGGAGAACCUGAGAUUACGGCACGCUUCAGACAGAGACCAUCUCAGAGCGGAGCACCAGUCAGAGGUGGAGGAGCUGCACACACAGCACCAGGAACAGAUCGAAGAGUUGACUGCCAACCAUGAGGCUGCCCUUGAACACCUGAAGACCAUGCACAACAUCACAAUGUCAACACUGCAGGAGGAGCAUGCCAGGACCAUGAGGGACUUAAGGAAAGCCCAUGAGCAGCAAAAGGCGAGUCUAGAAGAGGACUUUGAGAAACUGCGCCUCUCACUUCAGGACCAAGUGGACACUCUGACUUUCCAGAACCGGACUCUGAGAGACAAAGCCAAGCGUUUUGAAGAGGCCCUGAGGAAGAGCACAGACGAACAGAUUGUGGAUGCACUGGCCCCGUAUCAGCAUAUUGAGGAGGACCUGAAGAGUCUGAAGAAGGUUCUGGAGAUGAAGAACCAGCAAAUUCAUGACCAGGAGAAGAAGAUCUGUCAUCUGGAGAAAGUGCAGGCCCAAAAGAACCUGUAUCUGGAGGAGCGGGUCCAGGUGCUUCAGCAGCAGAACGAAGACCUGAUGGCCCGCAUUGACCGCCAUCUUGUUGUGUCAAGAGAAUUGUCUGAGGAGAAUGCAAACCUUCAGGAGUAUGUGGAGAAGGAGACAAACGAGAAGAAACGGCUGAGCCGCAACAAUGAAGAGCUGCUCUGGCUUCUCCAGACGAGUCCCCAUCUGUCGCCUUCCUCUUCUCCCAUCCACAGAGCCUUCUUCGCCGGUCCUGAUAGCCCUCCAUAUCAUUACUCUCCAGGUCCAGGGACCCCCACACACACCUGUUCUCCUGGCCCCUGUACGCCGACUCACAAGGUGGUGUCUCCGGCCCCAGGGACGCCCACUCUCAGAGGCUCACCAGCAGCACGCUCGUCCCCUGCACGGAUCCCAAACGCCAACAAUUCACCCAGAUGAGCGGAGUCUCAGCUGCAUCAGUCGCAUUGCCCAUUUUAUGUUACUGGUGUUCAGGCCGCACGUUGUUCUUUGAAAAACGUCAAGUUCUAUAUAUGAAGAUUUUGUCAAUCCCAACUGCCAGAGCCUAUGUCCCUUCCGUUUGUUGUCUUUGAGGCACGAAAACGUUUUUUGUCUCAGAUGAUUGGACUUCGUAAACACGUAGCAUCAGAAUGAAAAAGUUAAUGAUGCUAAUGCUAAUGCUAAUGAUGUGCUGCCAACAAUGCUUGGUGUGCAUGGAGGCAGGACCAUUGUUGUGUACACAGAAGUAACUCGUCUUUGACUCUUAAACAUGCUGUUGGACUCCAAAACUAAUGUCUGUAGUUUCUUCUGAAUUACAUAAGAGAACUUUAUACAACAAAAAGCACUUUAGGUUUCUGCCCUACUACCUUCCUACAGAUAAAUGCACCAGCAUUUUUUGUGAUCUGGUUUAUUUUUGUAUAAGCAAUAUAAAAAAAAAAUAAGAUUUUACAAAUCUCCCAAGUUUUGAUUCAGAAUGUUUCAGAUUAGUCAAGACAUAUAUACAGGAGCACUACGGUAUCUAUAGGAUAUCUAUCUUAUCCCCAUGGGCAAUUUUUUUUUUA